GGGGCCGCGGGGCCGGGACUGCAGGUACGGCGGUUCGGGGAGGGCGGGCGGCGUCCGCGGGGCCGGGAGGGCCGCUCUCCGGCGCAGGGAAGGCUUCCCCGUCGGCAGACCCCGAUUCCCCGUUCCUCCCGGGGGUCCCGGCCUGGCAGCGGGCCCCGCGGGGCGUCCCGGGGCCUUCGGGACGCGUUUUGUGGGCGCCUCCGCCGCGGGCGGCGUUGGAGGCCGAAGCCGCGGUGUGGGAUGGCCGCGCGUUGGGAUCGUCCCGCGGCCCCGGGCGUGGCGCACCCAAAGCGUGGGGCGGUGCGGCGGCGGAGCCUCACGGUGUGCGCCGGGAUACCGCUCCGUCCCGCCGCCCCGCGCAGCGCGAUGCGGGCAGGGAUGCGGUUGGCAGCUCCGUGCUGCGGGUGGCAGCUCCGCGCUGCCGGCCCUCAGCGCUGCCCCCCUCCCAGCCGCCGUUCGUCCCCGUGCUUCUCCUCGGGCUGCCGCUCCCGGCGCUUUCUCAUCCCCCGGACCUUUCGGGCUCUCCUCUCGGCGGCCCCUCCCGUAGGGCAGCGGGCGGUCCCCGGUCCCGGCCGUGCUGGCGCUUCACCGUGAGCUGCGGGGCCGGGUUGGCCGAUCCCUUUGUCACAUGCCCCGUUUUUUGCUGCGGAAUCGCGCUGAAGCGGCAGCAGGGAUCGCUCCGUGCUGAGCACCGAGGAGACCGAGCAGUAAAACAGACGUGUUGUCAACAGCUUCCAAUGGUUCUUCCCAUCGCGGGGCUGGAAGAGGGGCUUUCCCGUCCCAGGUUGUUGCUGCAGGCCUGGAUCGAGUAAAGGCAGAACGCAGGUGUUGCCCUGGGAGGGAGCUGCAGAGAUUCAUUGCAUAGCAUGGCCAAAAUCAAGCCCAGUGCCUCCACCAGCCGGGAACUGGGUGGGCAGAGGCUGGAUGUGGGUCUGAGCUGCUGUUAGUCGUGAGGGGCUGCUGUGUGUCCUCACUGCCUGAGCUCCCAGUGCUGAGAUACAGAGGGUAAUGUAAAUGGAGCAGCUGUUUUUCUCUCUGUUGUUUAAACUAUCUUGGCUUCUGACUCUAAAAAACACAGAACUUUUUUUUAUUGGAAGCCAAGGGGAGGAUCCGGGCACCCCGAACUGUAAACCACAGCGUGAGUUUAUUUUCCCCCUCCUUCACUUUGACUCAGUUUGGGAUGUUUGGAGUUUCCAUUUUCUAAGCUUGGAGCCGCCGUUCUCUCAGUGGUGAUGGACUGAAGGGAACGGUUUCCUCCUGCUGCCAAAGAGGGACGAGGAGCAGCAGUGCUUUGGUGAGAGCACUGAGCAAGUGAAAGCCGGUGUCUGCGAGGAGGGCAGUGCAGGAAGCUCUCGGCUUUGGCACUUCCUGCUCUCGGAAGUUUUGAUGGCUUCAGUUUUGGUGCAAGGAAAAGCUGCUUGGGUUUGCUGUCAGCAGUUUGCAAGGUCCCCGCGGCAGAGGGGUGCGGAGCUGCGAUGACGACGGGCGACUGCUGCCACCUGCCCGGCUCUCUGUGCGACUGCCCGGGCAGCGCCGCGCUCUCCAAGUCGGUGGAGGAUUCGGACCUCGGGAGGCCGCAGUACAUCACCCAGGUCACCGCCAAGAACGGCCGCCUGCUCUCCACCGUCAUCAAGGCGCUGGGCGCGCAGAGUGAUGGUCCCAUCUGUCGAAUCUGUCACGAAGGUGGAAAUGGGGAGGGACUGCUUUCCCCGUGUGACUGCACAGGAACUCUGGGCACCGUGCACAAGAGCUGCCUGGAAAAAUGGUUGUCCUCCUCCAACACAAGUUACUGUGAGCUCUGCCACACAGAAUUUGUUGUAGAGAGAAGACCGAGGCCUUUGACAGAGUGGCUGAAGGAUCCCGGUCCCCGCAAUGAGAAGAGGACGCUGUUCUGCGACAUGGUGUGUUUCCUAUUCAUCACUCCCCUGGCGGCGAUCUCGGGCUGGCUGUGUCUCCGCGGAGCUCAGGACCAUUUGCAGUUCAACAGCCGCCUGGAGGCCAUCGGACUCAUAGCACUGACUAUAGCACUUUUUACAAUCUACGUCCUUUGGACGCUGGUUUCGUUCCGCUACCAUUGCCAGCUGUACUCGGAGUGGCGCAGGACCAACCAGAAGGUGCGCCUGAUGCUCCCGGCCGCCCGCAGCCCCCACCCCGCGCCCCACUCCCUGCUGUCUGCCAAGCUGAUGAAGAAGGCGGCGGAUGAGACCACUGUCUGAGCAGCCCCUCCUCCAGGGUGAGCAAACGGGGCCGGAUCUGAGCCUGCGGGGCUGUGGGAGCGCUCGGCCCACCCGGAGGGACUCCGUCCUUUGGCCAACACAGAUCAUGGGCAUCUGUGACGUGGAGCAGCCCAAAGGAGCCGGCUGGCAGAGCAGGGGACACUUACCUAUAGCACCAUACGUGGAAAAUCUCUCAUAUAUAUAUAUAUAUAUAUAUCUAUAUAUAAUAUUAUUUUUUAAUGGCCAUGCAUAUUGUGUUUCAGUCCUUUAUGUGUCGAUGUUCUAAGCUUCAGUAUAGAAGCUGGCAGCCUGAUCUCAUUCAGAGGUUAAAUCUAUGCCUUUUCUCCAAAGCGUACGGAGCACUUCUCGUCGGCCAUCCUUGGGAGCCCCUCCUCCUUUGCACUAAAUUGGUUUUGAUAAUAUUGCAGCCACCUUUCCCGUUACUCUCUGGUCUUUUUUUGUGGAGUUUCUGUCCUUUCUAGAGAAAGUUGUGUGUUUUUAAUAAUUAUUACAACCCCCGAAGGAGUUAAAAUGACGUAAAUGCUGAAUGGAGACGUUUUGUAUUGUAAAGUACUGUAAUUUUGAGAAUUUCAGAAUGAGUUUCCAAACCUUUUCCUGUGCAGACACGCUCUCACGGGAUGCUUUCCUUGCAGGUCCUGGCUCAUCCCCAGGGCUCGGAUGCGCUCAGCUCUUGGCACAUCCCACAGAGGUCGAUGGAGGGGCUGAGGGUGGGGAGCAACGGCUUAACCCCCCUCACCUUUCUCUUUCAGAGGCUCAUAAUGGAGCUUUCCCACCCCAAAAAGGGGAGAGCUGGAGUCUUUUUGCUGGUGUCCCCACACAGCCUCGAGGCCGGACCUCUCGCUGGCAGUCCCUCCGUGGGACAUCUUGGCACAUUCCGUGGCAGCAGCCGGAGGAGCCGCUGCUGUUUGGUUCAGCCCUGAAAUCGCUGCCUGCCCGCUGUGUGUCCUCCAGCAAAAUGAUCCCCACGUCCCAUCUCCAGGGCUGGCAUUCCCCCUCCUCCCCCGUUCAGCUGUGUUUCCAGCACAUCUGGCUCCCAAAGCCCUCUGUCUCGGUGGCCGUGCCGCCAGUGGCACUCCUUGCCCCUGCAGCCCCUCACCUCUGUGCCAUCAAUGCCUGUGUGCAGUGCUGUGCUCACAGACUGUGUCCCUCCUUUGCUGAGCCCGUGUGGGUCAGAGAGUGCCCUCCAAGAUGGAGCCCUGUUGUUUCUUGGACACAAAGUGCCCCGUGCCAUUCCUGCUGUUUUUCCUUUCGUGUCCCCUGCCCUUUGGCUCUUUCCCUCUGCCUGACCCUAGGCUUGAAGUCCCUGGUGGACAUAAGGCAGCACCCUGCCUCUCCCAGCCCUGGGCUGUGCUCUGCAUCUGCUUUAUUUCUCUCCCAUCCCAGGGCGAUCCGUGCAGCACCUUGCAGCAACCCCUGCCCGCAGUGUGCAGGUCCUGGCAGUCUGCUGGCAGCACGAGGGUCUCAUUCCUGCUCUCCCCAUUCCUGCCUGCUGCCCCCCCCUCCGUGCAGGUUUGCAGUGGGGCCGUACAGCAGCGGUUCUGCUCCCUCAGAAGGGCUCAGCCCUCCCCUGGGUGCCACAGACCCUCCCCCCCGGGUGCUGCCUCCCUCCCAGCCCCUUCCCUCGGCUGUGAGUGCUGCACCACCACGCCGUGCCUUGUCCUGGGUACCUCCACUCAGCCCCUCCUGACAAACCACAACCUGGGCACUCGGUGCAGCCUGGCUGCCUCCCAGGAUCUUGGUAUUCCAAUGCGUCCUGUUGUGGCAGUGCAUAGGGGUGAGCACUCCCACACUGUGGAAGGACUCGAAGGAGGAAACCCACUGAUGGUCCAAAUACACAGCUGGGAAAGCCAGAAGUCCUCAGUUGGGGCGGAUGGGGCUCUGUGCUGCUGCACUGCCGCAGCCCCACCUCUUCUUCAUUGUCUUUAUCGUGGUUGCCAAUUAUUGGAGCUGUUGCAUGUGCCCCUGCGAAACCCAACAGUGACUCUUUGAGUCUUCUCCUCCUUCCCAGAGGAGACGCUCAGCUCAUGGAUGUGGGAAAGCAGUGUCUGACCCACUGUCGUGGGGGAAACGGGCUGUGCAAUUCUGUAAAUAAAAGUGAGACAAACUUG